AUGCAUAUUUCUGGAAAAUUCCUCUUAUCUUCUUUCUCUUUCCGAUUUGUAAUAAUUUUUCUCUUUAAACUUUGUUAUGCCCAACACAAUUUUUCUUUCUUUCUUUCUUUCUUUCUUUCUUUCUUUCUUUCUUUCUUUCUUAUGUUCACUAUCUCGCUUGUUUUGACAUAUUUUUCCUCCUGUUUCCGACAUGAAUUCUCUCAGAUUGUUUUUUUUCUCAUUUCCUCCAGCGUUUCCCAUCUUCUCUCAUUCAAUCUUCUUUUCCAUUUCUUAAGCCCUCGAUCUCGAAAGAUCAAGAAACGUGAUCGAUCCGCUGAUGAGAAGCGUCCACGAACCUCGUUCACUAGCGACCAACUACAGCGUCUAAAGCAAGAAUUCGAUGAUUGUCGGUAUUUAACUGAAGAGAGGCGAAAGAAACUCGCUCGUGACCUCUGUCUUAGCGAGGCGCAGAUCAAAAUCUGGUUUCAGAACAAAAGAGCCAAAAUUAAGAAAUCAUCAGGUGUUAAAAAUCCAUUGGCUCUUCAUUUGAUGGCACAGGGGCUUUAUAACCAUUCAACAGUUUCAAUCAAAGAUGAAAAUUAUGCUUAA